AUGUCCAGUGAAUUAUUGCAAACGUUAAUUAUAAUCGGUCAAAAUGACAUUACGUCUUUGGAAAAUAUUUCAGAAUUGAGGCAUUUGCAAGAAUUGUGGGUGGUUGAGUGUCGUGUCAAGGACAUCUCCCAGUUGAAUAAAUGCAGCAAACUGGAAAAGGUUUAUCUGUACUCGAAUGAAAUUGAUUAUAUACCCUGUUUGUCGAAAUGUCAACGCCUAAAAUUGUUAUCUCUGUCAGGGAAUAAUAUACUCGAGUGCGAAAACCUGAAAUUCUUAAAGAAUUUACAAUAUCUGUACAUAGCACGUAAUGGAUUAAAAAGAUUCGAUGAGCUACUCUCCGAAGAUUUGCAACUGCGUAGUGUCAAUUUUGCAGGAAAUCCUUUAACCCAGAUUCGAAAGUCAAUUAACAGUUUCUUGAAGAUGCUCAGAGCUAAGUACAAAGACUAUUUGAAGAAGAUUAGCAAGCUUAGGGAGAAUUUGUUCGUCGCAAACAUUAAAUAUUUGCAUGGGAAGGACAUUCAGGCAGGACAGAAAUUCAAAUUGUCGGAGAUUUACGAAGAGCGAAAGCAAUUUAUUACAAAAAUAAUUGGCACCAGGGUACAUCGAAUAACCGAAGUAGCGAAUAAACAAAUAGACACGAUCCGAUUUUCAGAUGAAUUUUCCAAUCUUGAGAAUGUGACAUUAAGGAUUUUAAAAUCACAUCCAGGAGUUGUUGAACUUCGACAAUGGCCUUUUCAUGUACUUGAACAUGAAUUCCAAGAUUCGAAAGAAGUCACUCUGACCGAUUGUUUGGCAAGUGCUGAUGCUGAUUUUUUAAUUAAAAUCGAGAAACAAAGAGAUGAUAAAUUACAUUCUUUAAUGGAAAACAAUCGGCGUGUCUGCGUCCUCGUAAAAAGUCCGGUUGAAGAAUUGAAUGUGAAGUAA